AUGGCGGACAUUGAAAACGGUUCCUCAACCUAUUAUGAUCAAAUUUUGGAGAAUCCUUAUGUCAAAACAGCGAUCAAUGUGUAUUCAAGUGCCAAAGAAGUGCAUCCAAUCAUUAAUUCGACAUUGACAACUGCUGAAAAUAACGUGGCGGCUGUCUCGAAUUAUGCAACUCAAAAAGCUGUUGAAGGAUAUAAUUCAUAUUAUGUGAAGCCAAAGAACACCGCCUAUGAAGCUUAUAAUUAUGGUGAGGGACAUUUCUGGAAGCUUUUUUCAAAAAAAAAUAUUCCAGGCUCGGAGAAAGCUUACAACGCUGUUGAGACUGGCAAAAAUGCAGCAAUCGUCGGAGGAACUUUCGGCAUCGGUGCAGCAGUUGUGCUAACUCAAUUCUCCCUUGCCUUGAGUGCCGGCGGAGCUGCUUUAGUCCUCGAUCAAGUUGAUUCAGCAAAACAACUCGGAAGCAGCGCAAUCUCAACUUUGAAAGAUGCCGAACUUGCGAUCGAACACAAAAUUGUUUCGGCUGUUCAACAAGCACAAAGAAUUGCAAUGGUUCCAGUUGAGAAGAUUUCCGAGAAUACAAUGUCAUUGUUGGAUAUUUUGGAUGCGGCAGUUGAGAGAGCAUUGGCAUUGCAAGUCACUAAUCCAGCUGAUGCUACUAUCAGUCAGAGAAUUUCUAAUUUGGCUGGAGUUAUUGUGAAGGGAUUGAGCAAUAAGGUUAGUUUUGUCGUUGGUCUCGUCUAAAUAUCAACAUUUUUAGACCAAUUUUUAAAAUUGUAUCGGAAUCGUUUUCAAAAAAACAUUGUAAAAAUGCUGAGCUUGCAAAAUUGUUAUGAUUUUUGAAAAUUCAGAGAAUUUGAUCACUUAUCAGUGAUCAGAAUUCUCUCAUUUAUGAGUUUUUUCUGGCCCUUAGCCUUCUCAUUUUUUUUGUCAGUGAAUAAAAGUAAAAUGUCAAAAAUCUCAUAAAUUUCUUGAAACAGUAAAAUUUUUAGGAUAUAAAACCCUGUGAAAUUUUUUUUCUAGAAAAGUUUCAAAUUUUUUGACGGAAUUAAUUCUGAAAUCCUUCAACCUUGAGGCUAAAAUUAAUUUUGAGAAGUAAAAAAAAUUCUCAAGCGGAAGAGAUGUCAGAACGGAAUUUUUAACACAAAAAAAACAAAAAUUUUACGUUUCAAAAAAUAUUCAAUACUUGUAAUUGUAAAAUCAUUUCGAUUUCGACGUUGAACAUUCUCUUUUUCGAAUUCAAAAAAGUUUCUCGAAUUCAAAAAUUAUAAUGGGCCUAUGCAGAAUAAUAUUUUGUAAUAAAAAAACAUAAAAAAACAUUUUUUUUCCUAUGCAGAAAAAUGUCGAAAAAACAAAAUAUACAGUUUAUUAUUUUGAGUAGAGACAACGUGAAACUGAGAGAGUGCAGACAAAAAACCCAUUUUAUGUCUGCGCUCUCUCAAUUUCACGUUGUCUUUAUUUUGUUUUUUCGACGUUUUUCUGCAUAGGAAAAAAAUGUUUUUUUUAUUACAAAAUAUUAUUCUGCAUAGGCCCAUAAGUAUUCGAAAGGAAGGGAAAAAUAACUAUGAAAUUAUCAAAAAAAAAAUUUUUUUUCUUGAAAAAAUCUACUGUUUCGAAAAAUAUAUAUUAUAAAAAAUUUGAAAAUUAGUUGAUUAGGAUGAAUAUUUUCUGAGAAUAUUACAAAACAAGAAUUUUACAUAAUUCUGUGUUUUAAAAAUGUUCAAUUAAUUCUCGUUUCAAAAUUAAAAUCCGAAUAGUUUCAGGCUCACAACCACGUCAUCGACCCCCUAAAUGGACAAGUUCGUGUUCUUCUCGAACAAUUGAGCAGAAGUUUUGUUUUGGUAAGCCCUCCGCUCAUCAAAAAAUCCCUCCCUAAUCUCUUAUUUUUUGUCAGGUUGAUGUGAUGCGAUCAAAACAAGUUUGGGUAAAGGAAAAAGUUGAGGAAUUGUCAGCGUCGGUGUCAGAUUUGAAGAAACAAUUUGAAAAUGAGGCAGCACAAUAUAAAGUGGCACCGGAAGAGGUUUUGAUGAGAAGUAUUCGUAAUACUUCGUCGCAACUUGGCGCAAGACUCAAAUCUUUGCGCGAAAAAGGACAAAAUGUUGGUUGUUUUUAGUACAUGUUUUUUGAUUGAUAAGAAUCUUCUAUUUUUAGGUUUUUGGCGAUGGAACUCGAAUCGAUUCGGCUAUUGAUUAUUUGGAAAAUUUGGAAAGUAGCUUGGGAGAUGCGCAAGAUGUUUAUAAAGUUCGAGAUGAGGUGAAUUUGCUUUUUUUUCAAAAAAAUAAAGUUGCUCUGAACCAGGAUAGAAUGAAUUUGGAAUUCUGGAAAGCAUUAUUACCUACACUGUUUCAAAAAGCACCUCUCAACCUUUUCAAAUUCUGUGAAACGUAUAAUUUCCUAGAUUUUUCAAAAAUCCAAAAAAGGUUGCCCCGAACCAGGAUCGAACUGGUGACCUUUAGAUCUUCAGUCUAACGCUCUCCCAACUGAGCUAUCGAGGCACAUGAAAACUGUUGACAAAAAUUAUGCGAUAAUUUUUGUUUAUUUUUGUACUUUCCCAUAUGAAGAGAGAAAAAUAAUCGUUAAAAAAUUCACUGUUUCAACAAAUUUUCAAUUGAAAAUUGUACUUUCCCAUAUGGAAAGAUGAUUUAUAAAUUGGACACAAAAAAUAAUCGCAUAAUUUUUGUCAACAGUUUUUAUGUGCCUCGAUAGCUCAGUUGGGAGAGCGUUAGACUGAAGAUCUAAAGGUCACCAGUUCGAUCCUGGUUCGGGGCAACGCUUUUUUGAUUUUUGAAAAAUCUAGGAAAUUAUACGUUUCACAGCGUUUUGAAAAGGUUGAGAGGUACUUUUCGAAAUAGUGUAGGAAAUGAAUUUUUUCCAUAAUUUCAACUACACUAUUUUUCGCGCUGAAAAGCACAUUCAAAAAAAUCACUGUUUCAAAAUAUUACCAAUUGAGAAUUAUGGAUUUUCCAAAUAUUAAAUGCACUCUGAACGAAAUUCAUUGUUUAAAAAAAAAUUUCCAGGUAAUUUGCGAAGCUCGUCAACGCAUCGCCGAAUUGACAACCUGGACAACAAGUCUUCUCGUCCGCCAACAAACUUCUCCUUCUGACGCGCCAGAAACCCCAUCCCAACAAUAA